GCAACAGAGAAGUGAUUAGCAAAUAGAAGAAGAAAUGGAUGAGAAUUCCUCAAUCUUCAAUAGCACAGAGGAUAAAAUCGUCUGCUAUGCGCCAAGAAUGAUCACAACAAAUGGGGUGUGGCAAGGCGACAACCCUUUGGAGUAUUCUCUCCCUCUCUUCAUCCUGCAGUUAACAAUGGUGGUUAUGAUGACUCGCGCUUUGGUUUUCCUCUUAAAACCCUUUCGUCAACCUCGAGUCAUCUCUGAAAUUUUGGGUGGAGUGAUUUUGGGGCCUUCAGUACUGGGGAGGAGUGAUCAAUUUUCUAACACUUUAUUUCCUUUAAGAAGUGUAAUGGUGCUUGAAGCAAUGGCAAACGUGGGGCUUCUCUACUUUCUGUUCUUGAUUGGUGUGGAGAUGGAACUCUCAGUGAUUCGUCGAUCUGGUAGGAAGGCAAUGGCAAUAGCUGCAGCAGGAAUGGUUCUUCCAUUCGGAAUAGGAGCUGCUUUUUCAUUCCAGCUGCACAAAGCAGAUCAGAAAUUGAACUACAGCACUUAUAUCAUGUUUCUUGGUAUUGCACUCUCUGUGACUGCUUUCCCAGUGCUUGCUAGAAUUCUCGCAGAGCUUAAAUUGAUAAACUCAGAGCUUGGAAGGAUGGCUAUGGCUUCUGCCCUUUUCAAUGAUAUGUGCGCUUGGAUUCUCUUAGCUUUAGCCCUAGCCUUGUCUGAGAACGAUUCCUCAUCUUUGGCUUCUCUAUGGGUUGUACUAUCGAGUACAGGCUUUGUCUUGUUCUGUAUCUUCAUAAUUAGACCGAUUAUCGCAUGGAUGAUUCGAAAAACCCCAGAAGGAGAAAGUAUGAGUGAGUUCAGUAUUUGUUUGAUCCUCACAGGGGUUAUGAUCUCAGGGUUUAUCACAGAUGCCAUAGGAACACACUCAGUUUUUGGAGCUUUUGUGUUUGGGUUGGUCAUCCCAAAUGGAUCACUUGGAGUGGCUUUGAUUGAGAAACUUGAGGAUUUUGUUUCAGGGCUUUUGCUCCCUCUCUUCUUUGCAAUAAGUGGGCUCAAGACUAAUGUGAGUAGCAUAGAGGGAUUAAUGACUUGGGUAUCUAUUCUGUUCAUCACUGUCCUUGCUUUCAUUGGCAAGGUCAUUGGAACUCUCCUUGCCUCCGUUUGUUAUCAGAUGUCCUAUCGCGAAGGUGUCACAUUAGGCUUGCUUAUGAACACCAAAGGCCUCGUUGAAAUGAUCAUCCUCAACGUCGGAAAGGACCAACAGAUAUUAGAUGAUCAAACAUUCACAGUAAUGGUGAUUGUAGCCCUCAUUAUGACAGGGAUAAUAACACCUGUAGUUACCAUACUCUAUAGGCCAACAAGAAGGCUUCUACCGUAUAAGAAACGAACAAUCCAAGCUUCAAAGCCAGAUUCGGAGUUCAGAGUAUUGGUUUGCAUCCACACACCUCGAAAUGUGCCGACAAUCAUCAACCUCCUGGAUGCUUCCAACCCAACCAAAAGAUCCCCAAUUUGCAUUUAUGUGCUACACUUGGUCGAACUCACAGGCCGAGCCUCCGCCAUGCUCAUUGUCCACAACACCAGAAAAUCAGGUCGCCCUGCCGUAAAUCGAACCCAAGCUCAUUCAGAACAUAUCAUCAGUGCAUUCGAGAACUAUGAACAACACAUCGAUUGCGUCUCUGUUCAGCCUCUAACAGCUAUUUCCCCUUACUCCACAAUGCACGAAGACAUCUGCUAUUUAGCCGAGGACAAACGCGUCGCCUUCAUAAUCAUCCCAUUCCACAAGCAACAAACAGUGGAUGGAGGAAUGGAAUCCACAAAUCCAGCACUUAGAUUGGUUAACCAAAAUGUGUUAGUCAAUGCCCCUUGCUCCGUCGGAAUCCUAGUCGAUCGAGGCCUAAGCGGCUCGAAUCAAAGCGGAUCGAACAAGGCGUCUCAUUACAACAUAAUCGUGUUGUUCUUCGGUGGACAAGACGACAGAGAAGCUCUAGCAUACGCAUGGAGAAUGUCAGAAAAUCCAAGAGUGACCUUAACCGUAAUGCGAUUCAUCGCCGCAGAACAGGUAUUAGAAGCAAAACAAGAAGCAGAUGCACAAGGAGUUUCAGCAAUGCAAACAGAUAUGAAAAAUGAGAGGCAGCUGGAUGAAGAAUACAUAAAUGAAUUCAUGACAAGUAAUGAAGAAAACGAUUCAAUUACAUACACACAGAGAAUCUUGAACAACGGCGAGGAGACAGUGGCGGCCAUAAGAUCAAUGGACGGUGCUCACGACCUCUUCAUCGUUGGCAGAGGAGAAGCUCAAGCAUCGCCACUCAUCGCUGGACUCACAGACUGGAGCGAAUGUCCAGAGCUUGGAGUAAUCGGCGAUUUGCUAGCUUCCUCCGAUUUAGCAGCGACGGCUUCAGUUUUGGUAGUGGAACAGUUCGGAGUAACAAUGGUGGUGGAGCAUGGAGAAGCAGAAAGGUCACCGCAUCGCCACGAUCAUGGCGACCACUACCAAAACUUGAGAUCCACGAAUGCGAGGCAACAUACUCCAUCAAGAUCUCAUAUUAUAUACAAUGGAUAGUCAUUUUACAACAGAAUCAGAUUCUUUUUCUUCUUUGUUUUUAAUUUUAAAGAGAGCAUAUACAUAAAACAGAGAUUUUGAUCUUU